AUGUUCACCUGUUUACAGAUCAGGGAUAUUCCUGAAAACAUCGAACUUUAUCCUCUAAUGUGUUAUUUGUUGGGAAUAGAGGCAGCUCCGCAUAACUCGACAUCAUCUGUGGUCUAUCAAGCACUUUUGGCCAAAACCACCAAUAUACCUUUGAUGACCUCCUCUUUUACCGAAUCUGUUGCGUUCACUUUCCUAAUUAUCCCAUCAGCAUGUAUUGUAGUAUUGUUUAUGGUUUAUAUCUGCCGACAUACUGUGCUUAGCGAUAACCCGAGUUGGAUGUGGAAUCAAGGCGGUUAUCGACCACUGCAUAUGGACAGAUUCGAUGCGGAAAGGGUGAGA